UCAAAUCCUUAAAGUUAGGAAAAAAAAUUUUGUCAUUAAAGCUGUUUCCUAUAAACACCUUAAAUUUUCUGUUCUUAUAAUCAAGCACUUCUUUUGGCACCAGCCUAUGUCUCGUAUGACAGGAGGUCAUUGGAAAAACCUGCCAAAUAUCAGUUAAGACCUCAAAUAAUUCCAGAGAAAUCACAGAGACACAUCAUACUCUUAUCUGCCACACAAAACACAAAUGAGAUAUUUCAUCAACACUGGUCACAUAGAGAAUGACAAUGUUAUCUGUCUGCCUGCAAUCAGUUGCAGUAGUGAAUUCUUUAAAGCAACAGCAAAAAUAAUGUUGAAGACAUUUUUAAUUAUUUUAAUUGUUGGUGUAGCUCUAAAAGCCAAUGAACUAAUCAAUGAUACCACAAUUGAGAGGACCACCUUCGCCGCAAUAGCGUCAAAGGGACCCGCUGCAGUUGAAACUAAUUAUAAUAAGACAACAAUAAACGAAGUCAAGAACAGUGGCCACAAAGAAAUAGCGGCUUUCAUCUCCUCCUACCGAAUAUUAAAUAUGACAUUACAUAGAAUAUUGGAUGAGUCUAACGAUGCCAUGCUGAUGCCAAAUAGUCGUCGCAACAAGUCCAUAUUCUUUCCAGCACCGAGACCAGCCUCCAAAUGUGGCUUCAAGCAUAAUGGACAACAAAUAUGUAAUUGAAUUGAAAUGAAUAUGUACAGAUAGAUUAAAAACAAGAAAUUCAGUUGUGUCAAAAACAACUUUCUAGUGUUAG